AUGGACCCCAACGCCUCCCCCACGGAGGGCGCUCAGGAAGGCGCACCUCAGCAAAGGAGAAAUAGAGCCCCAACAAUUACGAUAGACACCUCUGCUACCGGUGUCACCCCCAGUCCUGAACCAGACAUGGCCCAGGAUGCGCAGAAAGAGGUGUCCAACUCACCCAUUUCGCCCAAAGAUGAGGGAGUCAGCCCGACCACAGUCCCCGAAGGCGCGAACGCUCCAUGGGCAGCACCUUCAGAAAAGCCUACGAAGCCAAAGUUGCGCGCCGACACAUCUUUUGACGGCGGCAGAGAUAGCAGACCCCAAAGCCCCCAUAAUGUAUCGAGUCCUGUUGAGACAUUGAGAGGGAACAACCGCGCCUUCCUCGCCGUGCCCAGCAACCUGCGGUCACGACAAAAUUCCAUCGACUCCAACGACGAUAAUUCUUCACAAGGCGAAACCAUCGCUGUUUUGAGUCAAUCAACAGAAAAGACAUUAAAGAACAACAGCCCAGUAUCAAACGACAAAAUCAUGAAGGAUGACAGCGCCUUGACGCCGGACAAGGGCAGUGAGGAUGAUUUCAAGGCCGAAAACAACCCGUUUGCAUUUACGCCUGGACAGCUGAAUAAGCUGUUCAACCCCAAAAGCCUCUCGGCCUUCUACGCUCUGGGCGGUUUGACUGGGAUCGAAAAGGGACUGCGCAGUGAUCGCAAAGCGGGUUUGAGUUUGGACGAGGUCCAUCUCGACGGAUACGUUUCUUUCAGCGACGCGACAUCCCACCUCGGUUCAUCAGGAGAUUACAAAGAGGCCAAAUCAGAGUCAACACCUGCCAACCACUCGGGGCAACACGAUAAGCACGCCGAUGACGCCUUCGCCGACCGUAAGCGUGUUUUCAAGGACAACCGGAUUCCCGAGAAGAAGGGCAAGACUCUCCUGCAGCUGAUGUGGAUCACGUAUCAGGACAAGGUGCUGAUGCUUCUUACCGCCGCCGCCAUUGUAUCGCUCGCUAUCGGUAUUUACCAAACAGUCGGAUUGCCUCACGCCCCGGAUGAGCCCAAGGUCGAGUGGGUCGAGGGUGUUGCAAUCGUGGCCGCCAUCGCUAUCGUCGUUAUCGUCGGAUCACUCAACGAUUAUAGCAAGGAAAGGCAGUUCGCGAAAUUGAACCAGAAGAAGAAGGACCGCGACAUCAAGGUUAUUCGCUCAGGAAAGACCAUUGAGAUCUCCGUCCACACUCUCAUGGCUGGAGAUGUCGUUCACCUCGAGCCUGGCGAUCUGGUCCCAGUUGAUGGAAUUCUUAUCGAAGGCUUCAACGUCAAGUGUGAUGAGUCUCAGGCUACGGGAGAAUCGGAUAUCAUCAAGAAGCGUAAUGGCGAAGACGUAUUCAACGCCAUCCAGAACGGCGAGGAACCCAAGAAGCUGGACCCUUUUAUUCAGUCUGGUGCCAGAAUCAUGGAAGGCGUCGGUACCUUCAUGGUUACCUCUGCUGGUAUCCAUUCAUCCUACGGAAAGACACUUAUGGCUCUGGACGAAGACCCCGAGGUCACCCCGCUGCAAUCGAAGCUGAACACCAUUGCCGAGUAUAUCGCCAAGCUUGGAGGUGCCGCCGGUCUGCUGCUCUUCAUCGUUUUGUUCAUCGAGUUCUUGGUCAAGCUCCCUAAGCAACCCGCUUCCGUCACUCCCGCCGAGAAGGGCCAGGACUUUAUCAACAUCGUCAUCACCGUCGUCACCAUCAUUGUCGUCGCCGUUCCUGAAGGUCUUCCUCUCGCCGUCACCCUCGCUUUGUCUUUUGCUACUAGACGUAUGCUCAAGGACAUGAACCUCGUCAGACACCUCAAGGCUUGCGAGGUUAUGGGCAAUGCGAACACCAUCUGUUCCGACAAGACAGGCACUCUCACACAGAACAAGAUGCAGGUCGUUUCUGGUACGGUUGGCACCAGCCAUCGCUUCGGAGGCUCUCGCUCGUCUGGUGAAGACGACGGCACUGUUGACGACUCUUCCGAUAUCUCGAUUGCCGAGUUCGCCAAGAUGCUCAGCACCCCGGUCAAGGAGAUUCUGCUCAAGUCUAUCUCCCUCAACUCUACCGCAUUUGAAGGUGAAGUCGAUGGUGAGAAGACGUACGUUGGAUCCAAGACGGAGACUGCUUUGCUUCUGUUAGCUCGCGACUACUUGGGCAUGGGACCUGUUGCGGAGGAACGUGAGAACGCCAAAAUCCUGCAGCUUAUUCCCUUCGACUCUGGUCGUAAGUGUAUGGGUGUCGUCGUUCAACUUCCUGAUGGACGCGCGAGACUCUACGUCAAGGGUGCCUCUGAGAUCGUCCUCGCCAAGUGCACUCAGCUCUUCCGCGAUCCCUCUCAGGACGCUACCCUCAUUCAGAUGACCGAGCCCAAUUUCCAGACCGUCAACACCUUGAUCAACGCCUACGCCUCUCGAUCCCUCCGAACAAUUGGUAUUGCGUACAGAGACUUUGAUUCUUGGCCCCCGCGCAACGUCCGCCGCAUCGAUGGAGACAAGAACGAGACUGAAUUUGAGGACCUGUUCCGCACUAUGAGCUUCAUCGGCAUGGUUGGUAUUCAGGAUCCUCUUCGCGAGGGUGUCCCCGAGGCUGUCAGACUUUGCCAGAAGGCUGGCGUCAUGGUUCGCAUGGUUACUGGAGACAACAAACUCACGGCUGAGGCGAUUGCCAAGGAGUGCGGUAUUUUGCAGCCCAACGGACUCGUUAUGGAAGGCCCCGAGUUCCGCAACCUGACCAAGUCUGAACAAGAGGCCAUCAUCCCUCGCCUCUGCGUUCUCGCCCGAUCGAGCCCCGAGGAUAAGCGUGUCUUGGUCAAGCGCCUCAAGGCCAAGGGCGACAUCGUCGCGGUUACUGGUGACGGUACCAACGAUGCGCCUGCGCUGAAGACAGCUGACGUAGGUUUCUCCAUGGGUAUCGCUGGUACUGAAGUAGCCAAGGAGGCGUCCUCCAUUAUUCUGAUGGAUGAUAACUUCAACUCGAUUGUCAAGGCUUUGAAGUGGGGACGUGCCGUCAACGAUGCCGUCAAGCGCUUCCUCCAGUUCCAGCUUACUGUGAACAUCACUGCCGUGAUUCUGACUUUCGUUACUGCAGUCAGCAGCACUUCGGUCCUCACCGCCGUGCAGCUGCUCUGGGUCAACCUCAUCAUGGACACCCUCGCGGCCUUGGCUCUGGCCACGGACCCCCCUCAGGACAGCGUCUUGGACAGGAAGCCCGAGAAGCGCAACGCCUCCAUCAUUACCACCACCAUGUGGAAGAUGAUUCUUGGACAGGCGGUCUACCAAUUGGCCAUCACGUUCAUGCUUUUCUACGGCAAGGAAGCCAUCGUGCCCGGCCCUGAGCACAUCCCUGAUGACCAGAUCGCCACCAUGGUUUUCAACACCUUCGUUUGGAUGCAGAUCUUCAACCAGUGGAACAACCGACGACUGGACAAUCACUUCAACAUUUUUGAGGGUAUGACCAAGAACUACUUCUUCAUCGCGAUCAGUGCCAUCAUGAUUGCUGGUCAGGUCUUGAUCAUCUUCGUUGGCGGCGCUGCCUUCCAGAUUGCCGGAGAAGGACAGAGCGGCAUCCAAUGGGCUAUGGCCGUCAUCCUUGGCGUCAUUUCCAUUCCUUUCGGUGUCGUCAUUCGCCUCGUACCCGAUUCCUUCGUUGAGCGACUUGUUCCCGAUUAUCUGAAGCGACGUGCCAAGGACACCGUUCCUGGGCUUACCGUCUCAGACGAGGAACAGUUCGAGAUGUACCCUGCGCCUUUGUCCGAUGUUCGCGACGAGUUGGCCUUCAUCAAGCGCAUGAAGGGAGGUCGCUUGAACAACCUCAAGUUUGCGGUUCAACACCCCCGCGAGACUUUUGCUCGCUCGCGUAGCCCGUCACACUCGCGAAGCAACUCUAUCAAGACGCCGUCCACUCCCACGCGAGAGGAUAGCUUUGGCUCGCUGGCACAAACGCCCGACUCACGAAAGAGAUCGCGCAGCUCGCGUAGCCGUUCUAAUUCAGCCCUCGGCGCGCCGACUGUCAUGGCGGGCAUUGUCGCCGCCGGCAUUGCCGCCAACUGGUCACCUGCGGAUCGCCGACCCCGCCGGGAAAGCGACGAGGACAGCAACAUUAGGAGAGGAGUCUCUCGGGAGAACUCGAUUCGGGAGGAACGAGAGGAGCCUACGAACGAAAAAGCAGGGGAUGAAAAGAAGGGCGCGGAGUGA